UCCUCGACUGUGCUGGCGGCGGUUGGUCCUUUGGAUGAAAUAAGUUGAAAGGGAAUUCGUUCCAUUUCCAUGGAGUCGGAGAUCCCUCCGCCGAAUUACAACUACAUGGGACGGAGUCUCGAUGAUUUGAGCAACGGCGACGAUUCCUCCUCGGCUUUCAGCGACUGCAACAGCGACAGAUCGGGUGAAUUCUCCACAGCCUCAUCGCAGACCCGACGCCUUCUGCUCGCUUGCGCUUCUGAAAAUUCUGACGAUCUGAUCCGCCAGCUCGUCUCCGACCUUGAGUCGUGCUCCAUCGACUUGCAGAGGCAAGCUGCCAUGGAAAUCAGACUACUUGCCAAAAACAAGCAAGAAAAUCGCCUUAAGAUCGCUCAAGCCGGGGCCAUCAGACCACUCAUCUCUCUCAUAUCAUCUUCGGAUUCCCAGCUUCAAGAGUACGGCGUGACCGCGAUUCUCAACCUCUCCUUGUGCGACGAGAAUAAGGACCUAAUAACGGCCUCGGGAGCGAUCAAGCCGCUCGUCAGAGCACUCACGACCGGAACGACCACGGCCAAGGAGAACGCUGCUUGUGCCCUGCUCCGCCUCUCGCAGGUGGAGGAGAACAAGACCGCGAUAGGACGGUCGGGGGCAAUCCCGCUGCUGGUUUAUUUAUUGGAGAACGGCAGUUUCCGCGGCAAGAAGGAUGCCUCUACGGCCCUGUAUUCGCUCUGUUCUGUGAGGGAGAACAAGAUCAGAGCCGUCCAAGCGGGGAUCAUGAAGCCCUUGGUCGAAUUAAUGGCGGAUUUUGGGUCGGGCAUGGUGGACAAGGCGGCUUUCGUACUGUGCACGCUAGUGUCGAUUCCGGAGGGCAAGAUCACUUUGGUUGAAGAAGGCGGUAUCCCUGUAUUGGUGGAAAUCGUGGAGGUGGGAUCGCAGAGGCAGAAAGAGAUUGCGGCCGCCAUCCUGUUGCAGAUCUGCGAGGACAGCUUGGCAUAUCGUACUAUGGUUGCCCGUGAAGGCGCGAUACCGCCGUUGGUUGCUCUGUCACAAUCGGGCACAACCAGAGCUAAACAGAAGGCGGAGGCACUCAUUGAUCUUCUGCGGCAGCCAAGAUCCGGUAGCAAAUGCAGCUAGGCCUUCAGAUGUGUCAGAUUA